GCGCGCGUCUCCUAGAUUGUCUUAGUCGUGGUGUUAGCUGUGCGUGCCCCACAAGUAGUAUGUCUAUAGUAGAUGAUGAAGAAUUUGCAACUGGAGAUUCUGGGGCUUCAAAAACUUUACCGAAACAGUGUAGUUCUUUGAGGAAAGGCGGAUAUGUCGUAAUGAAAGAUCGUCCUUGCAAAAUCGUGGACAUGUCUACGUCGAAGACCGGGAAACAUGGCUCUGCGAAAGUGCACAUAGUUGGGAUCGAUAUAUUCACUGGUAAGAAAUAUGAAGAGAAUCGCACAUCAUCACACACUAUGGAUGUACCUGUGAUAAAAAGUGAGGAUUAUCAACUGGUGGAUAUCAAAGACGGGUUCUUGUCACUAAUGGGCGACGAUUUAUGCGUCAUCGAAGAUAUUCCCGUUCCUGACAAUGAAGUUGGAAAGGAAUUGAAGGAAAAAUGGAAUUCUAGAGGGGAGACAGAGAAUAUGAUUGUCACUAUAUUAUCUGCUAUGGACGAAAGGCAAGCACUAAAAGUUCGUACUACUUCAGACAAGUAAACAGAAUCCCAUUUGAAUAAAAUUUCACACGACACUAAGUAAAAUUUUUUUAUUAUGUUUGAGAGAAAAAUAUAUUUCUAGUGUUAUUUGAAUCAGACCUUAGUAUCUCGUAGUCAAUAAGGCUUCACUCCCCGCUUAAUAGUUUCAGAGUCAUACGUGGCACCGACAUGUUCAUCCCAUGCUUUCCUACAUUUGGCGACAAUCCAUGUAUGCUCCUCAUGGUCUAGUACAUCAAUAGUAUAUCACCAAACCUACCUGCAUUGCGAAGAAAACAUCCG